AUGGAGGAGGACGGGCCCCAGCCGAUGAGGAACCGCAAACCAGCUCAGAGAACCAAAAAUGGCGUUGACAAGUUUUGGGACACUCACCAAGAACAGUACGAGGCUCGGGGGAAGAGGAGCGGCAUCGGUCGAGUUGCCAGGGUGAAGCGUCACAACGCAGCUUUUCCGAAGCUUAUAGAUGAGCUGAACAAGCGCACCUCUUUGACGAAGAUAACAACAGCCAACUCUAGACAGCCUUCUUUAAGAAACUCCAAGAACGUACAAUCGAGCAGAAUCAGUAAAACGGACAGUCGAAAGCGAUCGACCUUGACAAGAAUUCGUAAAUACAGAUCCACCAGGAAUAGGGGGAGGGGAUGUUUUAUAACAAGAAGCAGUCAGUGCGCGUACGUCCUAGUAAAAGACAAGAAGGUGGGCGCCGAAAUUGGUACCUUGACAGUUGACUCGAAACUUGACAUUGACAGUGACAUACGCGCGAAACCGCCACAGACCCCGAACUCUGGCGAGUCGCGGCCACAGAGUAACUCUGGCGGUUCAUACAAAUAUCCGGACACUAGCAUCGCGACGAUGAGCAGUUAUAAUAGUUAUGCGUCCCUCGAUCAAGAACCGAUGGUGUGA